AUGUUGAGAAGGGUUAUGCGGAAGCAGCGGGGGCAAAGAACGUUCGUUUCAGAUAUCGAGAAAGCGUUUUUGCAGUAUAAGAUUCACCCGGAUCAUCGAACCUUCUUGCGUUUCUUCUGGCCCUUGGGUAUUAGCCGGGAUCGGAACGCACCGAUCAAGGAAUUUUGGAGCACGGUGCUCGAUUUCGGCAUCAUCUCGAGUCCGUUCAUCCAUUGCGCGGGUAUUAAGCUUCACAUCACGCAGCUCAUCAAAGAGCACCCCGAGAGAUCCAGUCUAUUGCAAGAUAUCGACGAAAAUUUCUAUAUGGAUGAUCAGGUGGCCUCCGCGAACUCAGUCGACGAAGGUUUGGAGAUUUUCAAAUUCAUGCUCGACGCUUUCAGCGCAGGGGGAUUUAAGCUCAGGCGGUGGGCGACAAACGAUCCGGCCCUAGCAUCCAGGAUGCGCAGUCUAGAGAAGGACCCGGAUAUUCAGAUACUUAGCGACCAACCUGAUUUCAAGUUUCUCGGAAUCGCAUGGAUCCAGUCCGCGGACUGUUUGCUCAUAAUUAUCCAGGCGGCACAGAGAACAUUACUGUCAAAUUUGCCGUCGAAGCGCACACUGCUCAAGGGCGUAGCACAGAUCUUCGACCCGCUGGGUUUCAUCUCACCUAUCACUAUCAGAGCGAAAAUCCUCCUACAGUCUGUUUGGAAACAGAAAAUCGACUGGGACGAUAGACUGAGCGGAGAAAGUUUGGAGGCAUUCGAGAAUUUCGCUGGCUCGCUAGACGAAGCGCGUGCGGUGUUCGCAAACAGAAACAUAGUGACGGCGCGGGAGAUCGCGAAACGUGAGCUGCACGCGUUCUGCGAUUCUUCCAUGGAGGCUUUCGCAACGGUGGUUUACAUUCGAGAGCUCUUGAGCUCGGGUGGCGCUGUGGUUCAUUUCGUGGCUUCCAGGGCUAGAGUGGCUCCUCUGAAAUCGGAGUUUUCCAUUCAUCGCCUCGAGCUGAUUGGCGCAGUGCUUUCGGCGCGGUUGGUCGACAGAGUCAAAUCGUAUCUCAAUUGCCAUUUCGAUUCAGUACAUUAUUGGUCGGACAAUUCUCCGACCCUUCAUCGGAUCAAGGAUAGCCCUAGUCGCUGGAAGGCGUUCGUUGCCAACCGGAUCAGAGAGAUCCAGUCUCUGUCAGGUCCCUCAGAGUGGGAUUAUGUCGUGUCGGCGGAGAACCCAGCAGAUAUGCUUAGCAGAGGCACGUCCAUGGCGGAUGAGAAGUCCAGAAGCAUGUGGCUUGAAGGACCACCGUGGCUCCUCAAGUCGGGUCGGCCGACAGUGGCUCACGAAUUGAACGAUUUUUUCGAGAGCGAAGACAAAGUCAGGGCAGAGAAAAAAAGUCAAGGUGCCUGA